UAAAGAUUUGCAUCAUUGAUGUUUCAAUUUUGGUUCUGUGAAUUUGAAUUGCAUUUGCAGAUGGUUUUUCAUAUUUGUUUAUGCAUGCAUGCAUUUGAUGAAUGAGUGUGGCAUGAAAUGGUCUGAUCAUUGUUACUACUUAAAAAAGGGUGAAGAUUAUUAAGUACGGAGCAAAAAGAUAGAGAAUUUGAAGCAACUUUUGAACGAGAGACGGAUAAUACUUGAAUGGCAAUGCUGCUCAAAAAAUCUUAAUUCAUGAUUUUCCUAAUUGACAGCCUUGAGGGUUUAAAUUGUAGCCAUGUUUCUUGAAUUCCUUCUUACUUGAUUUUGCUGUCAAUAGUUGGAAUGCAUGUCUUCUGAUGUUUCCUUAAUUGCUUGCACAUCUUCUCCUUUUCCACUUGAUUACAUGUACUACUAUAUUCCAUUUACUUGUGUAUAUGCUGUCAUAACUCAUAAGUAUAUGGUCACAAACGCAGAUAUGAUUUUUUUUUGGUUCUUUACAACAUGAGAGUAAAAAUUUUACUUGUCUUAAUGAUUCAGUUCCACUCUUUCUGGUUUUUUUUUUUUUUAAUAAUAUUUUGCAUAUUCUCGAAUCUUUCUGACAUUAAAAUAGGGUUGGAAUCUAGCAGAUGACAAGGCCUGCUUUAAACUAUUUGGUGGGCAUAUUCUUAAUUCUUUCCUCUUGAAGUACCAUGUUCUCAUGAGAAAUUCAAAGUUAACACCCAGUGCGAUAGCAAAUUUUCUGUAUACUCUGUAAUAACAACAAUAACAUGUUCAAACUCAAUUUGCCUCUUGCUAUUACUUGAUCAUAUGACCAAGUUUUUGCAAUUUCUUUUGGUUGCACUAGCAGCACUACACUGUUACUGGAAACAACAUAAGCAUGAGUAGAGUUCAAAAGGUGAACAGGAAUGAUGAAUGCUCUGUUAUUGGAGACAAAGGUGAGAUCAGCUUUAUCGAUUUUGAGCUUGAUGGUCCUGUUUGCUCUGAUGACCAAAAUGAAGAGGAUCCAGUGAUAAUCUCAACUCCUUUUCCCUUUACCCGAGGGAAGCCUCGGUCUGCUUUUGUUGGGGAGACUUCUUAUGAUGCAGUCACUAUAACUAAUACAACUAGAGAGCCUGUGCCACUUUGGGGAGUGAAAAUUUUUGGUUCAAACCCUGCAGACUCGUUCACUAUAUCACUGCUGAAACCACCUUCAAUGGAUUCUGAUGAUGAAUACAUUAAAAGGUUUCUGGAGGGAUUUUCUCUUGAAGAUAGAACCCUUCAGCCAGAAAAAACGCUCACCAUUUGGUUAUCUUGCAAACCUAAAGACAUUGGAUUGCACACAAGUAUAGUGCAUUUUGAUGUAGGGGAUGAAAGGAUAGAGCGUGUGAUAUUUCUCUUGGCUGAGGACAAGGUUUCCCAGUCUCUGGCUUCAAGGAAGUCAUAUGCAAAAUAUCAAAGAAAUAGACAAUCUACUUCUGAAACAUUUGCUAGAUAUCCUGCAAAGAGAUCCAGCAGAGGGUGGAAAUAUAAGCUUCGUCAGUUUGAAAUGCCAGAAGGAACUAGGAAGUUAUUAGAAGAUAAGCAAAUCCCUGCAGUUAUAUUAGAAAACUUAACGAAGGAGAAUUAUGCUUCUUAUUUCGGCACCUUACUAUACAUGGAAGAGCUACAUUUGGAGAAAGAAAUGAGGAAUUACGACAUGCGGACUGUGGAACUGAGACGAAGGAAGGGUAACUUAAUGGCUAUUGAGGUCCCUGGGCUGGCAGAGAGAAGGCCUUCACUUGUACAUGGUGACUUUGUAUUUGUUGGGCCAGCCUACCAGCAGAGAAAUGGUCUUAAUUUCCAGUAUCAGGGUUCCAUCUACCGGAUUGAGGCUGAUGAAGUUCUUUUGAAGUUUGGCAAGGACUUUCACAUGCAAAAUCACCCAGGGAGUUUUUAUAAUAUUUGGUUUACUUUCAAUAGGAUAAACCUGCAGAGAUUACAUCAAGCAGUUGAAUCUGCACAAUACCUGGACAUAGAUUUCCUGUUCCCCUCCCAACUUAAAGAACAGUCAAGUAAUGGGAUGCCAGUCACGCCUUUUACAAGUCUCAAUCAGCAGCAGCUGCAAGCUGUUGAGAAGAUCCUUAGUUCUGAAGGGGCACCUCCUUAUGUCAUCCAUGGACCUCCAGAAGGUAUAAGUUGUGGUCACUUCUCCCAUAUAUUCUUAGAUGAAGCCGGUCAAGUUUCAGAACCAGAAACCAUGGUACCUAUGUCCAACCUUUGUCAAAGGGAAACUACUGUUGUUCUUGCAGGAGACCCCAAGCAAUUAGGCCCUGUUGUAUUUUCCAGAAAUGCAAUGACUUAUGGCUUGGGAAAAUCUUACUUAGAAAGACUUUUUGAAUGUAACUGCUAUUCACAUGGGGAUCCAAAUUUCAUCACGAAAUUAGUUAGUAAUUAUAGAUGUCAUCCUGCAAUUCUUCAACUCCCCUCAAAACUAUUCUAUGAAGGGGAGUUGCUUGCAUGCAAAGAAGAUACUUCUUCAGCAAAGUCUUGGCUAGGUAUUCUUCCUCGUGGAGAGUUUCCUAUUCUCUUUGUUGGCAUUCAGGGAUGUGAUGAGAGAGAAGGGUACAACCCCUCAUGGUUUAACAGGAUUGAGGCAAGCAAGGUGGUUAACUUGAUCAUAAAGCUGAGAGCCUUGCCAGAUCUAAGAGAAGGAGACAUUGGUGUAAUAACACCUUACCGUCAACAAGUGGUUAAGAUUAUCAAUGUACUUGAAUCAGAAGAUAUAUUUGGCAUUAAAGUUGGGAGUGUUGAGCAGUUUCAGGGACAAGAGAAAGAAGUUAUAAUUAUCUCUACAGUCCGGUCAACUAGCAGACACAACGAGCAUGAUAAAACGUUCAGCCUUGGAUUCCUUAGUAAUCCUAGAAGGUUUAAUGUUGCACUUACACGUGCAAAAUCAUUGCUUGUCAUAGUGGGCAAUCCACACAUUAUCAGUAAGGAUUUUUAUUGGCAUAAGCUUUUGUGGUAUUGCAAGGACAAUAAUUCCUACCAAGGUUGUCCUUUGUCUGAAAGAGAACUUGAUAUGGUGGAAGACCUAGAGCCAGAGCACUGAAUCAGAGUUUGUGGGCUCAUAUUAUGAACAAGCAAUCCUCUAUAUCCAACAGGUUUCACAUAUGAUUUCAUUGAACUCAAUAAAACAGCAUGUGGAUUUAAGGACUCCCUCAGCCAGAUUUUCAAGACCUUUUACUUCAUUCUCUCUCGCUCAGCAUGUGUAUUACUGAUUAAUAUAUGGUUUUGGAGACCAUGAAAGUCUCGGGUCAUGAGUUUGUAUUUACAUCCUAGUCCAACAUUGAUAAUUCAAGGUUGUAUUUUUGAAGUUUUUCUGCUUUCUGCUACUGCUUCUUGUCACACCUCCUGUUAAAAGUACUGCAAGCGUUGACAGCGGCCAAAGCAAGUGCUGUAAAUUGAUCAGUUUUACUCUCAA